GUCAGUGUGUCCCAGCGCGAGUUCCACGCCGGUCGAAGCAUGGAGGAGUUGGCCAGAGAGAGCAUCAGCCUGCUGGCUUCAGCCUCUUCGGCCAAGCCGCCGCUGGACGUGUCCACCGGGCCUCGGCUCGGCUCCGUGGGGGCCAUCUUCAUCAUGCUGAAGUCCGCCCUGGGCGCCGGCCUCCUACUUCCCUGGGCCUUCGAGAGAGCCGGGGGCGUCCCGCAGCGCCGUCACCGGUGGAGCUGGUGGGUUUCCCUCGUGUUCCUGGUCAGCGGGCUGAUCAUCCUGGCUAUCUCGUCGUCCAUCAGUGGCCAGUGCACCUACCAAGCGGUGGUGAAGGAGCUGUGCGGGCCGGCCAUCGGUCAACUGUGUGAGGUCUGCUUCGUGUUCAACCUCUUCAUGAUCUCGGUGGCCUUCCUCGUGAUCGUGGACGACCAGCUGGAGAAGUUGUGCGGCUCCCUGUACGAGCGGAUCACGGACCUGCCGGCGUCGGAGAUGCCGUACCUCUACACCGACCAGCACUUCGGGCUGGUGCUGCUCUGCUUCUUCCUCAUCCUGCCGAUGUCCAUCCCCAAAGAGAUCAGCAUUCAGAAAUACAUCAGUGGUCUCGGCACUCUAGCUGCAACCUACCUGACCAUCGCCAUCAUCAUCAAAUACCACGCCACGCCUUCUGUUGUGGUUCACAUCUCGCCUCUCUACACCAGUGGGAUCAGCUCCUGGUCCUCCAUGUUCAGCGUCAUACCGACCAUCUGCUUUGGUUUCCAGUGCCACGAGGCGUCCGUGACCAUCUACAGCUGCAUGGAGAACCAGCGGCUCUCUCACUGGGUCUUCAUCUCCGUGGUCUCCAUGAUCUUUUGUCUUGUCAUCUACUCGCUCACAGGGGCUUAUGGGUACCUGACAUUCGGGAAGGACGUGAAGGCUGACAUUCUGAUGUCGUACACCGGCGAUGACAUUCUGAUGCUCAUCGCCCGGCUGCUCUUUGGAAUCUCCAUCAUCACCAUCUAUCCCAUCAUCCUGCUGUUGGGCAGAUCAGUGAUCCAGGACCCCCUGCUGAGCUGGCGAAGGAGGCGGGACGGCGUGGUCACGGCGGAGUUUGAGAGCCGCAGCCGCUACGUGCUGACGGUGCUGUGGGUAACGGUGACGCUGCUCAUCGCCACGUACGUGCCGGACAUCAGCAAGGUCAUCAGUGUCAUCGGCGGGAUCAGCGCCUUCUUCAUCUUCAUCUUCCCAGGGCUCUGUUUGAUGUUCGCCAUGCAGUCGGAGCCAGUCUCCUGGAGAACCAGAGUGGUCCUCACGGUGUGGGGAGCGGUGACUCUGCUCUGCGGAGCGUUCAUCUUCGGCCAAAGCACCACCACCGCUGUCAUGCAGGUCCUCGGAAAGAUCUGA